AUGUCUCUGAUUACGGCCUUUCGUCCUCGGUCCACCAGGACCUCGUCUUCUUUGCGACACAGGUCAGAAAGAGCGCGUCCUCGUCAUCAGGCAAGUUCUCCAGAUGAUCAGAAUAGAAUACCUGAAGAAGACGAAGAAAAUGAAGAUCCGGAUGCGCAUUCCAUCAUAACUCCGUCGAAGCACACGCCCAAACCAUGGCGUGCUUUAAAGGGCUCUAUCGCUAGAGGUGGUCCUCUUCGCCCGUUUCGACUCUUGAAACAAGAUAUUAUCAAUGUUCGCAGGCGAUACUUGUCCGAUUGGACAGUAUUUAAUCAGCAAAUAUUCGCCAGCGCCGUGUAUGUGUUCUUCACCAAUCUUCUUCCAGGCAUCACGUUUGCGAGUGACCUGUACGUUUUGACCGGGGCCAAUUGGGGAACGAUUGAGGUAGUCUUUAGCACUGGUCUUUGCGGUAUCAUCUUUGCUCUUGCUUCGAUUCAGCCAUUGACCAUCCUCGGCGUGACUGGACCCUUCUCUGUAUUGGCCGAGAAUAUAUAUGCAUUGUGCCAUGAUAAUUUCAAGAUACCCUUCUUGCCAUUUAUGGCAUGGUCAUUGAUCCAUGCUGCUUGGAUGCAUUAUGUGCUAGCUAUUGUCAAUGCUCAUGACUGGACCAUGCGAUAUGUCACGACAUUCUCCACCGAGAUUUUUUCGUUGUUGAACAGUGUGAUAUAUUUCCACAAGGCUAUCCAGGAAUUGCAACGAGCUCACGACAGCCUUUCAUUUGCAGCCUUCCUCUAUGCAAUUAUUGGUGCGAUUGGCACCAUGCUUCUUGCCAUAUUUCUCUCGACGGCUGAAUCGUGGCGACCAUUGUUCCACCGAUAUAUUCGGCUCGGUCUUGCAGAGUAUGCCGCCGCAAUCUCCAUUAUUAUUUUCAUUGCCAUGCCUCAUGUCGGAGAACUAGCGAACUUGGACAAGAUGACUCUUAACGUAAGCCAUUCAUUUCGGCCGACGUCUCCAGAACGUGAUACAUUCUUCGUCAAGUUCUGGACUUUGCCAGCAGGCUGGAUACUGGCUGCUAUCCUGCCUGGUUUUAUUAUCACAGUACUAUUCUUCUUCGACCACGAAGUGAGUUCGAUUAUUUGUACCAUUGACAGAUACGGGACCCGAAAGCCUGGUGGAUUCGCAUGGGACAUCGUUCUACUUGGCACGACGACGGCAAUCUGUGGGAUUCUGGGGAUUCCUCCGGCAAAUGGACUGCUUCCUCAAGCCCCUCUUCACUCGGAAUCGUUGAUGCAUUCAGAGCAAGAGCAGCAUACGGUAAUUGUGGACGGUGUGGAAAAGGUAGAGUCUCGCGAGGUUCGACGUGUUUAUGAGCAACGUUGGUCGGCAUUUUUGCAUGCCGGAGGCAUCAUGCUUUUUGUUAGCCCGCCUUUCAUGACUGUUUUGGGCUUGACCCCAACAAGCGUGUUAGCUGGGCUGUUUCUGUUCAUGGGAGAGCAGAGUUUAUCAGUAAACCCUAUAUUAUACCGCUUUUUCUAUCUCCUGACUCCGUCGUCAGAGCUCCCUCAGCUGCCUGCUUCUCUUCAUGACAAGGACAUCCCCUCUCAGAGACCUUCCUACCUCCCCAUCCAUUAUUACACCAUGCUUCAAAUCGUUCUCACAACUGCAAUCUUCGUUCUGACCUUGACGAAAGCUGCACCGGCGUUUCCGGUUCUCAUCAUUGCUCUAGUUCCCUUCCGCUUGCUCUUUAUAAGACGAUGGUGGAAUCGCGAAGUACUCCGAUUUGUCGAUGCAUGGGCAUGUCGUGAGGGUACACCUGAGGAUGAUGAAGACCAGCGAGCUCAGAGCAAAAUUGUGAGUGACGCUGCAGACGACGCGGUGUUCACCGCUGAUGCUUACCCGCUAAAUAGCGGGCGAAAUAUGGGCGGAGAUUCGUAUGUUACGUCUCGUGUACAAGUUGGCGCUCGUGAUACGUCUAAUACGGAUAAUACGCAUGAGUGGAUAGAGCUAAAUUUGCAUGAGCCUCGAGCUCCGGAAGAUGAAGAGAUCGGUGCUCGAACGAACAAGAGUUUUGACACCUAG